AUGCUACGCAAGUUUUUCGGCAACGGAGGCGCGUUCCAGAACUCCGCGUCGUCCACAAGGCUUGGGGCAAAUAAAUCUGAAGUUGAAAGAAAUGGCAACAACGGUGACGAGUUCGCCGAAAUGGUCGAGCGUCUGGAGCGCUUUGAAGUGGGACUGAAGGACACGAUCAACAAGCUAUCGCGUCACUGUCAAGCCAUUUGUGAGGUGGUCGCUUCUAGUCGCGACCUUGGAUCGUGUGUGCAUACGCUUUAUGGCGGCGAAGACGAGAAACAAACUACAGCAGCCGAAGCACGCAUGCUCUUGGCGGAUGUUGCAACGUUUCGGACGAGUUCAAUUGCACCACUGCAGACAAUUUUGGCUGGCAUUCCGCAGCUCAAGCUGAGGUGCGACCACCGCAACAGUGCCAAGAGUGUCGUGCUUCGAUACGAACGGAAGGUGGAGGAAAUCCAAUCAACAACUCGCCACGAGUCUUCUCGUCUUCGACGUAACCGAGCUAAGUACCAAGUCGCCUUUGCGCGAUUUAAAGAGAUUGAUGACGAGAUACUUGCUGACGUUGCUGCUGUUCUGGCAAAUGAUCUACCAGAAAUCGCAAGUCAAGCCAUCGAAAAGCUGUUGAUUCAGCACCAGGAUCUAGUAGCGCGGUGGAUGCAAGCUGAAGUUACAAGUCUUCAGAAACAUUUGAGAGGAUAUCAAAAACUUGCAACGGAGAAGAAGGCGGAAGAGCAGCAAGUGCAGUUGCAGAUAGAAGUCGGUGAAGAGCGUACCAAAGACGCCGAGGCAGCUGAAAGUUCAAGUGAAAGCGAAAACGAUAACGAUAGUAACAACAACGCGGACGACAGCCACGUGGAAGACCCUGCUCGAAGCGACAAACCGUCCUCGCCACGCUAUCCUACUGCAACUGCGUCUCCGAUAAAGUUGCAGGCAAACGAUCCUAUUCGCAUCAUGCCCAAUCACGUACUCAAUCAGGAGCAGAGCAUAUGCCCACGUAAGCAACACGUAUCUGGCACGCGAACGUGGAAUCUGCACCGCUACAUCAAGGACUCGAUGGCGAGUGGCUUGGAUCUCGCAGACUGCAUCCAACUGCCCGAGGGUUGCCAACUCGACGAGUGGAUCUCUGUCCACGUGAUCGACUUUUUCAACGAGAUUAGUCUGCUGUUCGGCACGAUUUCCGAGUUCUGCACACACAGCUCAUGUCCACAAAUGUCGGCAGGGCCAUGCUAUACGUAUCUUUGGGCGGACGGCGUGCAGCAAGUGACGCCAGUCUCGUUGCCAGCCGCGGAGUACGUCGCGCGGCUGCUCGAGUGGGUAGAAGGACAGCUAGACGACCCGAAGCUCUUCCCGGAGUCCUACUCUACAUCUACAAACAGCAACGGCAGCGAAAAGUCCAACCCCAAGUUCAUGCGCGCGGUGCGCAACAUCCUCAAGCGCCUGUUCCGCGUGUACGCGCACAUGUAUCACAACCACCUGCAGAACUACGUAGCACUACACGCCGAGUCGCAUCUGAACUUCUGCUUUAAGCGGUUCAUAUUAUUUGUGCGGCAGUUCGAACUCAUCGAGCAGAAGGAGCUCAACGCGCUACGCAAGCUCAUCCAGACAUUGGUGGCCCAACCCAUGGUCAUGACGAACUUCUAGCACAAGUGACACAUCAAAACUUCAAAUGUAUCCAUCUCACUAUUAGCCAAUCCCAAAGAGCUGCAAAGGCGAGACGGGU